AUAUGUACUUACAUAUGUCGAGUUCUGACUAGCAUAUAUGGUGUAAAGGAAAGUUUUGUUCGCGAUUGCAUUCUCUUAACAAAUAUAUCACUUUAGCUGAUAUGGCACAAAUGUCAGAAACCGGACACCCUAUUAAGAUUGAAUGACAAAUGAAAAGUAUUGAUUGAGAAAGAAAAGUGUUUUUUCUCUCUCCUUCUCUCAUGAUAAUUUCACCGAAGUGUGACCUGUUAGCGUUAUAGCGACAUACAAUACACUCGUAUGAAACGGAAUCCCCGUGUUAUUACAAUGCUCGUCGGGGAUGUCAUAUCGCAUACGAAAACAAGCCGUGUACUCUGUUCCCAGUUUAUCAUGGAUAAGACGAAUGGAUUGUAUGCAAAUGAAGCCGUCUGAAAUUACUGUCAAGAGGUUCGAGUCUCCGUUUCUCUCGGCUGUAAUCGUUGUAUCAAGUGAGAGGGGGGAAUCGGGUCACGCCGUCAACCAAUCGUGACAAACUUGCAGCGGUGGCUACGUUAAUUUAUAGUCUAUAAAUAGAGGUGGCGAUUUCAGCCAGGGAUAUCCCUACAUCACCCCACUGCUGUAUGAGGUGCACUACUCGUGGUGAACUGUCAAACAGAUAUAUUAUAUUGGUUAUCUCUGCGCAGGAGUUUAAAAAUCGCCACACUGGAUAUUUCGUGGUUGAGAGAGCUCCUCGAUACGGUGAGGAUGGAGGACUUUCUCCCGCUCGUCUCCUCUCUGGAGAGGGAACAGUUCACGCUGCAGAGGCUCAACUCGGCUGGGGAGGAGAGUGAUUCCAGCUUCGAGGAUUUCCGUAGCCACAGUCCGGCCAGCGUGUGGAGUCUGGACAGUAUGGAUGAUGACUUUUACUUGGAAUAUUUGUUUUCGCAAGGACUCGCUGAUGCCAUAGAGAAGGCUUCUGAUAUGAGUGGAGCUGGUGCUUCUCGUGUGACGGGGAACAGCUCCGCGCCGGUGAAUUUUUCAGAAGUUCCGUCGACCCAUAGUCAACCUAUUCAUAGUAUAGCCCUUCAGAAUUACGUCCCCACCAAUCCACCGGCAUCGGCAGCUGCUCAAAACAAUCCAUCGUACAGUGCAAUGACAUUUGUGGACAAAGAUGUGUACACGGUUCCUGACUGCACCCCGUUGUCAUCAGAUGACGUGUUUCAGUCCCACAUCGGCAGCGUCAGCAGCACCAUCAUCAAUAACAUCAACAUCAACAACAUGAAUAACAGCAGCACGACGUCCAACAACGAUCUAGUAGUGCUAGGUGUGGGUUUGCAGAACCUGAUGCAUAAUUACGCGAGCAAAGGUACGUCACAAGAAGUCACCGUUGGAAUUCAGAACAAUUCUUUUCGCAGGCAGACGGCAUUCGACAGCAGCAGUAGCAGCAGCAGCAGCAGCGGCAGCAAGAUGCUGGUGAGUCCAGGACGGCACGUACUGAGCCACGCCUCCACCAACUCCUUACUGACUCAAACCCACAGAUUCGAUGAGGUGAAAAUGAGGACUCUGAAAUCGAGUCCUGUGAAGUCUGGCGGUGCCAGGGAUAAGGUGGAGGAGAAGAUCUACCACUGCACGUACGCCAACUGUAACAAGGUGUACAGCAAGAGCUCACACCUGAAGGCGCACCUGAGACGCCACACGGGGGAAAAACCGUUCGAGUGCACGUGGGCCGGCUGCGGCUGGAGAUUUUCGCGCUCAGACGAACUCGCCAGGCAUAAACGUUCUCACUCCGGGAUUAAGCCGUACCAGUGCAAGAUUUGUGAAAAACGAUUCUCACGGUCCGACCAUCUGUCCAAGCAUCUAAAGGUGCACAGGAAAAGGUAGAACACGAUAGUGACGAUAGAUAAUACAAAACAAAAAUAUCAUUUUUAGGUCAUUUUUAACAUUUAUAUUUAUUAUUAUUUCCUCCCUAUUAGAUAUCAUAUGCAAAACUUUAAUCAAGACUAUGCAAUAAGGCUGUCUCAUAACAUUAAAAAAACAAAUGUCCACCAGAUGGCAGCUUGGUGUAAUUGAAGUACAUUAAUUAACAUAAUGGUGUAUUUUGUGUGAUACUUUUAUACAUGUUGUAUUGCAAUAUGGCAUUAGUGAAAUUAUGAACGUGUAUAAAUUUUACAGUUUUCUUCAUGGAUGAAUGUGAAAGAAAACAUUAUAUCGUUACGUGGUUAUGAAAUACUAUAUUGAAAGUUCUAAAAGAAAAUCAUUAUCAUGUAAUCAUUCACAUAAUUAUGAUUUUUAAUCCACCAUUCUACAUCGUAUAUCAAUUCCAAUCCCAAACCAAUAAUAUGAUGAGUUUCAAAGUCAAAUAUCUUGAGUCCCAAAUCAAAGAUGUGGAGUGUCAUAAUUGAAAAAGGACAAUUAUUUGGAUAUAGUGAGCCACUAGUGGACCAAAAUCAUGAGACAAUUCUUGAAGGUUUUUAAAGAGCUCAUUUGUGUAUCAGCUCAGUGGUGUAUCGACAUUUUGUCUUAGGUUGUUCAUGUGAUCUAGCAGAGCGUUUCGUCAUAGUCAUCAUCAUAAUAUCAGGAUCCGGCCAAACGUAUUAUUCACGCCACAUUACCAUACGAUGGACAGAAGGAAUAUUGUUCGUUGGACUUUAAACUGCUUGUUACAGAUCCAGUUUGAAACGUCACUGUUAACCAUUAAAAGGUGAUAAAUCAAA